GAGAAAGAGAUUGUGUGUGCCUUGUGUGUAUGACUAUGCGUUGGUUCUGUUGGCCGGUGAAGUCAUUUUACGGAUGAAAUACUGAGAAGUUUUACAUAAAAGCUGAAUCAACUCAGGUGAUAUUUCCAUCAGAAAUACAAAUACAAGGAACAAUUUUAUUUUUGUUUUGGCAAAUGAGAAAACAAUCCUAGAACAAAAAUUUCGACUGAUAAGCGCAAAAUGAAACUAACAGUUAUCUCUUUGCUACUCACCUUCGGAAUAUGGAAAGUUUAUGGGGCCAACCAAAUAUUUUGUUAUUACACUAGUUUCGCCCAAACACGAAGAGGAAUUGGUAAAUUUGUCCCAGAAAAUAUCAAUCCAUAUCUGUGUACGCACAUCAUAUUUGCUUUUGUCGACGUUUCCAGAGAUGGUCGCAGUUUGGUUCCAGUUAACGAUAAUGAUGUUCAACCCGAAAGAGGUCUUUAUGAUCGGACUUUGGCACUAAAACGAAAAAAUCCUAAACUGAAAAUUCUUCUGGCUGUCGGUGGUUGGAAUAUAGGUUCUCAGCCCUUUUUGCCAAUGAUAUCCAAUCGAUUUAACCGUUAUGCGUGGGUAAGAAACGUGGUUAGAUAUCUGCGACGGUAUGGCUUUGAUGGGUUCGAUAUGGACUGGGAAUUUCCAGGUACUCGAGGGAGUCCACCCGGCGAUAAGUAUAGGUUCACCCAAUUAAUGAAGGAACUCUAUGAAACAUUUGCUGCUGAAGCGCGAAAAACUGGUCGCGAGAAACUUAUACUGACUUUGGCUACGGCAUCAGGAUCGUUUUUCAUAGGUAAAGCUUAUGAACCCCGAAAAGUCAUAAACUACGUUGAUUAUAUGCUGUUGAUGACGUAUAACUAUCACGGCCAAUGGGAAGAAGUGACUGGACAUCACAGCGGGAUUUUUAAACAUUGGAAAGAUGGAUCUGGCGAGAAGAGCGAACUAAAUGCGGAAUGGUCUAUUAAUUUUUGGCUUAGGGCUGGUAUCCCUCGAUCUAAACUCAUUAUUGGUAUCCCUACCUAUGGAAUGAGCUACACUUUACAAGAUCCUAAUACUCACGACUUAUUUGCUCCAGCAAACGGUGGCGGUAAUAAAGGUGCUUAUACAGAUGAAAAAGGUGUUCUGUCAUAUUAUGAGAUAUGUGAAAAUAUUCGAGAACGGGGUUGGAAAAGCGCCUGGAUUGACCCACAGAAAGUACCUUAUGCCUACGGAGGUAAUCAAUGGGUGGGUUUCGAGAAUAUAAUCAGUGUUCAAAUUAAGGCUCAAAAUAUCAUCAACAAAGGCCUAGCCGGGGCGUUUAUCUGGUCCCUGGAGAUGGAUGACUUCACUGGUUCAUGCGGACAAGGUAGAUUUCCGCUGACGAACAAAAUCAGUAACAUUUUGCUGUCAUCUGACGUUGAUUACGAGUAUCCAGAUGACGUUCAACCACCAAAUACCAUUUUAGAAUUUACAACAAGGGCGGCAAGAGUCAACAAUGUAGAUUGUACAAAAGCCCCUCGGAAACGUUUAGCAGACCCGAGAUCCUGUAGGCACUACAUACUGUGUCUGCCCAGCAACCAGGCCAUAAGAAUGAAAUGUCCAAAAGGAACACGCUUUGAUCGAAGUAUUAGUAUGUGCACUUAUUACCGUGGUGCAACCUGCUAAUAUAAACAAGUAUAAAUAAUUGGCAAAACAUAUCGAGAAGAUUUCAUUUUAUUUUUGUCGCUGUGAAUUUGAAUAACGACAAAAAGAAACAAGCCUUGAACAAUACUUAAAUGCUUCUCUUUAAAUUAACAACAAACUGUCACAUUGUAACAUCUGUGGAAUUAGUCUGUCAAAUAGGAUUGGCUGGAUUUAAUCAAUACUAGACUCGAAACUGCUCGCUUUGAUACAUUUUAAAAUAUGUAACUGAUGACUCCUCGAUAAAGAGUUACAUCAUAUACAACUGCUGCAACAAUCAAUAUGACCAAUCAAGUUUUGUAAGGUAUUUUUUUUUUGCUGAUUGUUAUCUGGUCAAGAAUUCAGAUAAUUCCAUACAAUAUUUCUAUUAAAACAAAAUAUGUAUUUUGUAAUAAACCAAAUAAAACAAAUAUGAAAAAAUCAAAAUGUGACCAAAUAAGCGCUUCUGGUUUUGAAUAACAUUUAAAAACC